UCGGCUCACACCGCUGCCAAGCCUCCGACUUGCGCUCGCUCAACGCCCGGCAGUCAAACGCGAACUGCCCCCGGGCAAAAGCCAGCCCGCUGCUUUGGGUGAGCGGGCUGGCCGAGCAAAGGUAUUCGGAGGGCCCGCCAUUGGCUGUCAGACUUGCAAGCUGCUGAGCUCUGAUUGGCUGCAGGGCUUCCUUUGUUCCUUUCCCCGCUGCCGCAGAAGACGGAAGUUUGACUCUACUCCGCAGCAGCUGGGGAGAUGCAAACGGAGACCAGGAGCGAGCGGUGUGGAGCAAUCUCUCGGAACACAUUUCCUUUCUAGCCACAUCCUACUGUCAGUAGGGGUGGAGGAGGAAGGAAAAAGGCGUCUCUGCUGUCGUUGGUCCCGGAAUCUCGUGCUGCCUGUGCUGAGGGUCCCGAUAUGGAUUUGGAGAGCAAAAUCAAGAAGAUGGGCUUAGGACAUGAAGAAGGAUUUGGAGCCCCAUGUUUAAAAUGUAAAGAUAAAUGUGAAGGAUUUGAACUACACUUCUGGAGAAAAAUAUGUCGAAACUGCAAGUGUGGGCAAGAGGAGCAUGAUGUUCCCACCAGUAAUGAAGAUGACCGCAAAGUGGGGAAGCUCUUUGAGGAUACAAAGUAUACCACUCUGAUUGCCAAGCUGAAAUCAGAUGGGAUCCCCAUGUAUAAGCGCAAUGUAAUGAUACUGACUAAUCCUGUGGUAGCCAAGAAGAAUGUGUCCAUCAAUACAGUAACUUACGAAUGGGCACCUCCUGUUCAGAAUCAGACCCUGGCAAGGCACUACAUGCAGAUGCUGCCAAAGGAGAAGCAGCCUGUGGCUGGCUCUGAAGGGGCUCAGUACCGAAAGAAACAGUUGGCCAAGCAGCUGCCUGCUCAUGACCAGGAUCCUUCCAAGUGCCACGAGCUGACACCUAGUGAGGUGAAGCAGAUGGAGCAGUUUGUGAAGAAAUACAAGACCGAGGCACUGGGUGUGGGCGACGUCAAGCUUCCGAGUGAAGUGGAAGGCAAAACCGAGGAGAAGAACGCCCUGAAAAAUGGCGAGAGGGGAACAUCCACUGCUGUAGGAGCCAUGGAAGACAAACUGGCUGGUCAGAAAGGAACGCAAUAUUUCUGCUUCCGGUGCAACCAAAAUAUGAAAGAAGGUGACCCAGCUGUGUAUGCUGAGCGGGCUGGAUAUGACAAACUCUGGCAUCCUGCUUGUUUUGUCUGCUGCACCUGCAGCGAACUCCUGGUAGAUAUGAUCUAUUUCUGGAAAAAUGGGAAACUCUAUUGUGGCCGACACUACUGUGACAGUGAAAAACCCCGCUGUGCUGGAUGUGAUGAGCUUAUUUUCAACAAUGAGUAUACACAAGCUGAAGGUCAAAACUGGCAUCUGAAGCAUUUCUGCUGUUUUGAUUGUGACUGUGUCUUGGCUGGAGAAAUCUAUGUCAUGGUUAAUGAAAAGCCCAUCUGCAAACCCUGCUAUGUGAAGAACCAUGCUGUGGUCUGCCAAGGCUGCCACAAUGCUAUUGACCCAGAAGUUCAGCGUGUGAGUUAUAACAGCUUCAACUGGCACGCAACCACAGAGUGCUUUCUGUGCUCCUGCUGCAGCAAGUGUCUGAUUGGCCAGAAGUUCAUGCCGGUAGAAGGAAUGGUUUUCUGCUCAGUGGAGUGCAAGAAAAAGAUGAUGUCCUAAUGGGAAGGGAAUCAAGCUGUGAAACCGAGUUUUGCCUUAUUUCAAAGUCCUCUGCAUGUCUACUGUAUUGGGGCAUUUUAAAAACAAAAUCAACAGUAUUAAAUGGCAGAAUCCAAAGAUUUUUGUAUUGCUAACUCGAUCAUUUAUGAUUUUAAUUCUUACGCACUUCUCAGUGCUCAUGAUUUCUUGUUGCAGGAUGUUUCUCAAGAUAGGGACCUCAGUGUAUUCAUAUACUUCAAAAAUUAUUUUAUGGAGCAGUGUUUCUCAGCCUUGGCAGCUUGAAGAUGUGUGGACUUCAACUCCCAGAAUUCUCCACACAUUUUCAAGCUGCCAAGGUUGAGAAACACUGCUAUGGAGGGAUGUGUCACCUUAAGGCCACUAAAUGGUGGGCUGUAUUUCCCAUUAUCAAUGGCUGUUGGCCAUGAGAGUGAAUUCUGAUGAGAGUUGGAAUCCCACAAUAUCUGGAAGACCAUGGGCUUUGCACUCUUCUCUUCUAGUCCUCAGUUGUUUUUUUUAAUUUCUAUUUGACAUUAUACAGAUUCUUCAGUAACAAAAUAUUGAUUGGAUAUGUUGUAAACAUUAUGUUUUAUACUGGCGUUUCCCAACCUGGUGCCUUCAAAUGUGCUGUGUUAAAAUUCCCACACUUGUCAGCUAAUAAAAUACACUAAUAGUAUCUCUAUAGUAUGAAUCUCAUACUGCAUCGUACUAUUUUAGAGUCCAUGAAUAUAUGCAUACACACACACAAGCAGAGCACUUAGAAUUUAGUACUCCAUUUAUUGCAUCUCCCUGCAUGUGCCAUUAUAGCAUAGCGUAGGAAAUACACUUUUGAUGUUUUUAUUCGCUCAGGGAGAUUUUAAAGGGUGCAAUAACAUUCCAACCCUUUGCCUUUAGAGUAUUGCAGUACAGUUGGGCAUAGAUAUUUGCAUUAGCAUGCAGUUGCCCUCAAGCAUACAGUAAUUAGGCUGAUUCUUUCAAAAGCCUUCUAGCUCUCAUUGCCACAACAGGUGGCAGCACUUACCAAUUCCAGCUGAUGCUGAAAAACAUUAAGCAGUACCAAGCAAGAUUAGUACCUGUGUGGGAGACAGUGAUGAAAUUCCAGGACUGUAGGCUAGACUUGGACAUUGAAAAAAAUAUCCUGGAAAAAGGAAAGGACCAGCUGUAUUGUUGCCAAUAAAACAAUCUCAAUGGACCCAUUAAGGCUUUCCAGUGCUUCAGAUCUGAAGGGAAACUGGUGCUUCAGAGUACGUAUGGACAUGCAUAUCUCUAGACCUGGGUUCUCAUUCACCUCAGCCAGAGAAGUAGUUGAGCUUGACUCAGAAGUGUCUUCAUUUAACUUUCAACGGGUUUUGGGGGUAAAAGUCUUUACAUUUGUUGUUAUUUUUCAAUAUUUGCAUAAGGACACGUUUUGCUCUUUAGGCUUAGAAUGUGAAUUUGUUGGACUGAAAGCUUGUAAGAAUGCAGAAGUCUUUUCAUCCUGUCUUUUUGGGAGGUUGGUUUGUUGUUGAGUGUGGUCAGUUUGCCCUGGGCAACGAAGGCCUUUAGUAAUAGGGACCCAGUUGCCUUUUGUCCCCCAGAUUAAUGAUUUGAUUUUAUGUAAUUGUUGUACCAGCGAACCCAGGAUUUUAAAAAUUUCAUUAGCACAAGCUCUUUUUUCUUGUAUAUUACUCUUUCCUGCAGCAUUCUUAAAAAAUCAAGAGCUGUAAUUAAUUCCCUGAGUGAUGAGGACAUGGGUUGCACAAUUCCAAGUGACUUUUGGAAGUCCAAAAAAUCAAACUGCUCUGUUAUGCUUUGCAUUAAGUCAAAAAAGGAAAGCCAUAUGGAGAACCUUCAUUCACAUAGAGUGUAAAUUGCCUCUGAAGCUAGAACAGAGGCCAUGUUUGCUGACCACCCCCUAAUUUCCAGAUCCUUUUCCCUCUUCAUAUACCCUGCAAGGGGUAUUUAGCAAUGUGAUGUUUGCUGUAUGCAAGCAGGUUCUCUUGUGAUUUAGAACUCCACUUGUGGAAGCUUUGGCAAAUCUACUUGAGUGAAGAAGGCUUACAACUGCUAACGUUUGCCCAGCAACAAAUAUAGAGUUGCAGGACAAGAUACAGCAAGCACAUCUCUGUCCUCUCCCUCAUACAUUCUUUUUUAAUCCAUUCAAUCGUGUCUGAUUCUCAAUCAGCUGUUAACUAAAAUAAUAAUAUACAUAAAUGGGAAAUUAGUCUUUUGCCAAACAAAGUGCCAGCUCCCUGCAUACUUUGUUUCUAGGAGUGCUCCUGGACUCGAUCAGCAAACCACAUACAGCGUACUGAUUUCUUUGGGCAUGUGCCUGUCUGCCUAGAAUGAACCAUGUGCAUGCGUCUAAGUGUGUAAUCACAGAGAGAAAGACCAUCAGAGAGAUUGCAAGGAGCAUUUGAGAGGGUAGAGGAAAGGGUGAGGAACAGCCUUACCAGUUUGUCUUCUAGUCAGUGAUAUCCUCAUCAUGGCAUACUUUCUCAAGGAUUCAGGUUGACAGCAGCCAUGAUAUAUUCCCAGAAGUUUUAAUGUGAUACAGAAAAAUCAAGGACUCCUGAACCUGUUUUUGGUGAAUUAUACAUGUAUGCACCUGAAAUUGAAGUGGAUGAACCAAGAAACUACCUAGUUUUAUAUCUGCUCAGCACAUCUCUCAUUUGGCAUUCUUUUGAGGAGUGAAAGCUUAGUAACAACUAGGAUUGUGUUGAAAAUGUUCUUCAUUAAUAGAACUUCUGGUUUGCGUACAAAAGAUUUUCAGGCUUGGUCUCUGGGUAGGACUGGUCGGUUCCUUUAUGUGAAAUUCUGGAGAGCAGCUGUCAGUUUGUAUAAGAAAUAUACAACCUGGUUUAACCACUGGGCUGACUCAGUGCUAUGUACCAAGCUUUGACUUAGUGUGAUGUAAUUAGUAGCAUGCUAAAUGUAGGAAGAUACACACAAAAGAUUGGGGGGGAGGGGGGAGGUUGGCUGUGUAAACCUUGUAAACUCAUUCAACUCAACUCUUCUAAAACUAAAGAACUCUGUAUGCAUAUAAUAAAUGCUCGCAAAUAAAAUAUUUUGCCGG